CCCCUCGACAAGCCGUCGCUCUCGCGCGUCCACGGCGACCUCGUGCUCCUCGACUCCCUCGACGAGGGCCUCAUGCUGCACAAUCUGCGCGUGCGCUUCCUGCGGGACGAGAUCUACACGGGCGUCGGCGACAUCGUCGUCGCGCUGAACCCCUUCAAGCGGCUGCCCCUCUACGGCUCCGAGGUCAUCGACGCGUACAACAGGGCGGGCAACAAGCCCAUGCCCGCGCACCCCUACAAGCUCGCCAAGGCCGCCGUCGGCGCGCUCGUCGAGGACGCGACGCGGAACCAGUCCAUCCUCGUGAGCGGCGAGAGCGGCGCGGGCAAGACGGAGGCGACGAAGCAGUGCCUGUCGUUUUUAGCCGAGGUCGCGGGCUCGUCCGGCGACAUCGAGCAGCGCGUCCUCGGCGCGAACCCGAUCUUGGAGGCCUUCGGCAACGCAAAGACGACGCGCAACGACAACUCGAGCCGCUUCGGGCGCUUCUCCGAGCUGCAGCUCGACGCGCGGCUCCGCAUCGCGGGAGCCAAGGUCACGAACUACCUCCUCGAGAAGUCGCGCGUCAAGGGCCAGUCCGACGACGAGCGCAACUACCACGCCUUCUACCAGCUCUGCGCGGCGCCCGUCGGCGCGCGGGACUACGGCGUCGGCGACGCGGGCUCCUACGGCUACCUGCGCAAGUGCCUCGAGGUCCGGGGCAUCGACGACGGCGCGGACUUCGACGACGUCGCCGACGCCACGGCGAGCCUCGGCUUCGACGACGCGCAGCGGUCGACGGUCUGGGGCCUCGUCGCGGGCAUCCUGAAGCUCGGCCAGGUGGGCUUCGCGGCGCUCGGCGGCAUGUCCGACGGGUCCGCGGUCGACGGCGGCUCCGCGGCCGUCCUCGCCGAGGUCGCGGCGCACCUCGGCGUCGACGGCGCGGUCUUGGGCGACGCGCUGACGCACCGCACGCUGUCGAUCCGGGGCCAGGACGACAUGGCCGUGCCCCUGCGCGAGGCGCAGGCCCUCGAGAACCGCGACGCGCUGUCCAAGUACGCGUACGACCACCUCUUCGACUGGCUCGUGGGCCGCGUGAACGCGGCGCUCCGCGCGGCGGACGCGGGCGUCGCGUGCUUCAUCGGCAUCCUGGACAUCUUCGGCUUCGAGAUCUUCACCCUCAACUCCUUCGAGCAGCUCUGCAUCAACUUCACGAACGAGAAGCUCCAGCAGCUCUUCAACGAGCACACGUUCAAGACGGAGGCCGCGACGUACGAGCGCGAGGGCGUGCCGUUCCCGCCGAUCGACUUCGUCGACAACCAGCCCAUCUGCGAUUUGAUCGAAAAGCGCGGGGGCAUCCUCACGCUGCUCGACGACACGGUCAAGGGCCCGGGCAAGCCGGAGCAGAAGGACGCGAAAUUCUCGCAGAACCUGGACCAGGCCUGCCGCGCGAACGCGUUCUUCGUGCCCGCGAACGACCACCGCGGCGUGCGGGGCGCCGUCUUCUCCGUGAGGCACUACGCGGGCACGGUCUGCUACAGCUGCGACGGCUUCGUGGAGAAGAACGCGGACACGCUCUACAAGGACUUGUACGACUGCCUCUCCGCGAGCGGCAACGGCCUCAUCGCGGCCAUGUUCCCGCCGCUCCCGAAGGAGGUCACGAAGCGCGCGACCCUGGGCGGCGCGUUCCGCAAGCAGCUCUCGGCGCUCAUGGAGACGCUGCGGUCGACGGACCCGCACUACAUCCGCUGCGUGAAGCCGAACCAGCCCAAGCGCGCGCGGCUCUUCGAGGGCGCCGCGGUGCUCGAGCAGCUGCGGUGCGCGGGCGUCUUCGAGGCGACGGCGAUCCGCAAGCAGGGCUACCCGUUCCGCUUCGAGUACGCGCGCUUCGUCGUGCGCUACAAGAGCAUCAUGUCCACAGGCGCGGGCUGGGUCCCCUUUGCAUCGACGGACGACCGGCAACGGUGCGAGGAGAUUUUAGCGGCGACGAAGCAAAAGUUCCCGGGGUUGCAGCGGGGCAAGACCAUGCUGCUCUUCCGCGCGGACGAGUACCGCGUGCUCGAGCUCUGCCGCGCGCUCGCCGCGGACCGCGUGUCCGCGAAGAUCCAGGCCAAGGCGCGCGGCGCUUUGACGCGGCGC